AUGGAGGUGGAAAAAAUACUACCCCCAUCCGACUGCAAUCUCCCACGGGAGAAGGUCUUCUCCAUCCAAAUUGGCACGAAACUCUUCCGCCUCUCAGGCGCAUCCAUUGCUUCCGAUGGAUAUCAUUGCCAUCCCAAAGAUGGCGCCGAAUUCGUGAAACUUUUCGCCGAUUCCCAAUUCUAUAGCUUGCCUCGUUUGAUGUCGCAACUGUUUGAGUCUCAAAUUAUCAUCCAGAUCGGCGACCGCCAUUUCCAAAUAUCCCGCGACAUCUUCUCCGGACCCGGCGACUCCCCAAACUUCUUCUCGCUCGGCUUCGGGGCCUUCUUCGCGUCCCCCGCCGAAGUCUUCCCCGGUCUCGACAGACGCGGCCUUCUACGGCCUCCAGCUAUAGUGCCCCCAAGUGUACCCAAUCGCUCAGGCGACGUCUUCGCUCAACUCGUCCAUCUCCUGCGAGGCUACCCUCUCCACAUCGAAAGCGAAGCCCAACGGGCCGAGCUGCUACGGGACUGUCGCUAUUUCCACCUCCGCGGUCUCGAGCAAAAGCUCGUACCCCACAACAUAAGCUUCAACCCCAUCCGAGGCCGCUCCGAAAUCACUCUCCGCCUCGAAGAUGUCCGUCGCUCGGGUAUCAAGGUUGAAACACCAAAGGAAAACAGCGAGGGAGUAGCAGUCACAUACUCGCGGCCCUUUGUCGAUGAGUCGUCGCACGACCUCGUCUUUGAAAUCGGCGACGAAAACACAAUCAUUGACCCGCUCACAAUGCGCCCGAAAUUCCUCAAUUCCGCUCAGGCACGUGUCGCCAGUCUUCUUCAAGUUAUCGUUGAUAGGAAGAACGACAACUCGCAGAAACUGGUCAAAAGCGCCGAGCACCCAUUGCACGUUCAAAUUAGCGACGAGACAGACCUUAUGAUUGACGGUGAACAGCAGGAGAACUUCCAUAUUCCGGGCUUGCCAUCAGAUGAGCCACAGGCCAAACGCAGACGAGUAGAAGGCCAGGCAGGAUCACAGGCUGAAAGCAGCGGUUCCUGGGUCGUGAGGAAUGGCCAGUGGCGGAUCUUAAUGCGCCCUGGAGAGGGUUCAGAUGGCAGUGUGAGCUUUGUCUUGGUGGGUGUCAAGCUAGAUGUGUAUACGAGUCAAAGAGCGCGGAAUCGGAAACGGGCUUUCCUAGGGCCUUGA